UCCGUCCCUCCUAUUUCCCCUUGAUACUCCCUCCGUCGCUGGUGCCCGCCCUCUCAGACGUUACUGUCAUUAAGUCAUCGGCCCCUUUUAAGCCAGCUUUUUAAAGCAAAUAUCCACACUCUCACCACAGGCUGCACCAGCAGAGAACCCAUCUAUUCCCUCGCAGGAGCUGGCAUGGCAAACAAAGGGCCGUCCUACGGCAUGAGCCGGCAGGUUCAGGAUAAGAUCGAGAGCAAGUAUGACACAGAACUGGAGCAGGUUCUGGUGGAGUGGAUCUCCCGUCAGUGUGGCGCUAAUGUCGGAAGGCCAGAGUCAGGCAAGUUAGGAUUCCAGGCCUGGCUGAAAGACGGAUGUGUCCUGAGUGAGCUGAUUAAUACUCUUUUUCCUGGAGACAAACCUGUGAAGAAGAUACAGAGCUCCCCCAUGGCCUUCAAGCAAAUGGAGCAGAUCUCUCAGUUCCUGAAUGCUGCAGAAAAGUAUGGCGUCACCAAGACAGACAUGUUCCAGACUGUGGACCUCUGGGAAGGUAAGGACAUGGCAGCAGUGCAGAGGACCCUGUCGGCUCUUGGCAGCUUGGCCGUCACCAAGAACGAGGGCACAUACCAGGGCGACCCAAAUUGGUUCUUCAAGAAAUCCCAAGAGAACAGGAGAGAUUUCACCGAUGAUCAGAUGAAGGCAGGGAAAAAUGUAAUCGGCCUCCAGAUGGGGUCCAACAAAGGAGCCAGUCAGGAGGGAAUGAGCUACGGAAGGCCGAGACAAAUCUUGUAAUGUCACCUAAAAUCUCUUCAGUCCCAUCUGAUGCACAUUACUCCAUCUUAAGAGGCCCUCCCAUGGUGGCUUCAGUAUUUUUUAUGAAAAAAAUAAAUAAAUAAACCCCCUUAACACAAAUCACACUGCUGACUUCCGCAGAGCCUCACCUCUCUUUAUUUACUCACUUCAUUUAGAGACAGCUGAAAAGCUAAAAAAGUCAACAUAAAUAUGACACUGCUUCUAAGAGUUCUGCAACUUUAGCCGUCCUGUUGAAUAUGAUACUGCACAACAUAAACAAAAGCAUAUUAUCCUUUAUUUGGACACAAUAAAUAAAUGUUUCCAUGACUUUCCGAGAUAUGGUUACAUUAUGGGGAAGUCUCAUUUAUACUGUCUCCAACUUGCUCUAUGCCUGCUGUAUCAGCACUAAUAUCUUUUGUACAUUUUCAUAUUAAAUCAUGACUGGGAAAUAUA